UUUUCCAACCGACACCGCGCGCUGAUGGUUGUGUCUCGGUUUCCGUUAGUUCUUUUCGAAAAUUGUCUCGAAAACAUGCGUUAAAUUGUGGUGAAACAAUAUCACACGAUGAUAUUUGAUUUCUUUCAAGAGGAUAUAUUGUUAUAAUGAUUGCCAUAUAUACUCCUCACAACCCAAACGAUUUUGGGCCGUGACGCGGAAUUUUUUGUUUAUGUUCUUUUGAAACCAGUGUGCGAAAAGAAACCCUUUUUUUCGAAUAUAAACCGCGAAGUGAAGUGCCUUUUGAACCAAUAUACACGCAAUAUUGAUAUGAUUUAAAAAGAUCUAUAUUAAUAAGAUUUUUCCCACAAUUGUUAUACUUGUGAACGAGAAACACACAAAUAAACCCCAAAUUUGCAUACAAAUCAAUAUAUUGGCGGAGCUCUGCGAAAGGUUCCGGCCGCAAUUGAGGAAAACCAACAGAAACGAACAAGAAACCAAACAGAAGAACGCGCACCGAGUGAAGAUAUCAACGCCAGAUCGCUCAAUAUCGAACCGAACCGUACCGAAACGCUAAUCCGAACCAGACGCGAUGCACUGCAGCCAGAAGCGUAAGGAAAAUACGACGACCAAUCUUUGCUAAGGUCUGAGAAACCACAAAAAUAUAUACAUACAUAUAUAGAUAACCAAAAACACAAAUAUCUAAAAAUCGAAAUCGAAAUCGAAAGCAAAAGCAAAGGCGAAGAAGCUGUGAAUAGAAUUUUAGAAGGAUUCAAUAUAAGCCCGACGCAAUGGCCAUGUUGGAGGCGAGGCCAUAUAGGCCAUUUAAAUCCAGCGAGGAAUAUCUGGAGGCCAUGAGGGAGGAUUUGGCCGAGUGGCUUAGCACACUUUAUCCAGAGCUGAGCAUCAAUGCCGAUAACUUUAUGGAUCGCUUGGACACGGGAGUGGCAUUGUGCAAGCACGCAAAUUAUGUGAGACAGGCGGCUGAGGAUUAUCUGGCACGGCGACAGGCCCGCAACAAAUCGAUGACCCGCUCGAUGACCUCGGGCCUGGCGGGUCCAAUUCUGGCCAUGGGAAAUGUCCACUACCUUCCGGCUGCCAAAAGUGGCACCUUCUUUGCCCGCGACAAUGUUUCCAACUUUAUAACCUGGUGCAGAAAAAGCCUUAAGAUCAUCGAGUGCCUGCUGUUCGAAACGGACGAUCUGAUCAUGCGUAAAAACGAAAAACACGUGAUCCUGUGCCUUUUGGAGGUGGCACGUCGGGGAGCCAAGUUUGGAAUGUUGGCUCCCAUGCUGGUGCAAAUGGAGCGACAAAUCGAUCGGGAGAUCGCCGCGGACAUCAAGGCCAAUGGGGCUGGCUCCUCGGAGAACGGCACCCAAACGGAGGCACUGGACUCCGGAAAUAGUGCGGCCACAACAACGACAAUAACGACGACCACAGUGGAGACGGAUCUCUAUGAUGACAGCGAUGAUUCGGAGACCGAGGAUGAUGGCGACCAGAAUCCCGUGCUGAUGUACGGACCCCAGCCCCAGAUAAUCACUAAUGAUCUGAAGAGCCUCGACGAAAUGGUCCGAGAUCUAGUGGAGAAGUGCACAUGCCCCUCGCAAUUUCCCAUGGUCAGAGUAUCGGAGGGCAAAUAUCGUAUUGGCGACACCAAAGUUCUCAUCUUUGUGCGGAUCCUUCGUUCCCACGUGAUGGUGCGCGUCGGUGGCGGCUGGGACACACUAUCACACUAUCUGGAUAAGCACGAUCCGUGCCGCUGCCGUGCCCAACAUCGCAGCUCCGUGGCCGCUCGCCUCAUUCCCCGUCAGUCACCGAAUCACAAUCCGAGCAAUGGCAUCGAGCUUCACAAGGCGCAGGUGAUAUUCGAAAGGUCACCGCCAGCAGCUCGACGCGUUUUCAACAGUCCCAAUUGCAAUGGAGGACCCGGAACAAUAUCGGGAACAGGAUCAUCAUGUGGAACAGGAGUUGUGGGCGUGCCUACUCCUCCACCUCUCCAGAAUGGUCACAGUCUUUCGCCUAAUUCGGGAAAAUACCGCAGUCGCAGUCCGACACCACAGCGAAAAUUCCUCAACCAGCAGGCGAACGGAGGUGGCAGUGCAUCCGCGACGGGAUCUAGCCAGGCAGUCACCACAGACGCCUCCAGCGGCCAACUGCUUGGAUCGCCCAGCUUGACCAGGCGCUCCAUGUCACCAAGUCCUCGCCGACUAAUCGAUAUGCGCAAGAAACAGAGCUCUUUGGAUUCGUACAGCAGUGGUCCGAAAUCGCUGCCCGUCUACAGUUGCUCCUCAGAGGAGGCAAACGGUGGUUCUGGUGUCGGUUCGGCGGCAGGAGGUGUCGGUUCGGGAUCCGGAGGAUCGGGAGUCGCGAGCGAACAGGGUGGCGCCAACAAAUUCGAGAACAUUAGCGACAAUGGCAGUGAGAUCAGUGACGAAGGAUACCGCAGUCUGGGAGUCAUCCAAUCCGGAGCUCAAAAACGGGAGUCCCUGCACAGUCAGGCUUCUAUUGAGGACGCUGAAAGCAAUGCGCGUCUGGAUCAGACCUCAAGUGACUCGCAGAUCUCGCCCUCUGAUGAGCCGGCGGAGAAGACAACCACGGACAUUCUAGAAGAGGAGGAUCUAAAUGGCCACGAUCGUGAGGACUACUCGGUGUGCGAUGGCCCACAAUCGCUGCCAGCGAUUCUUAGCGGAGCUCAUAAGCUAAAUGACAAAUUUGAGCAAUCUGGUGUCUUUAUAACCGACGACGAAAUCACCGUGGACAUGGCCAAGACCGAGGAUCAGUCGGUGGCUACCACUCUGGGUAAUCCAACACCUAAUCUCAGCAAGAUUCCACGCUCUCCGUUGGCGCAGCGUCGUCGCCGCAGCAUCGAUAACAGCACAUGUGGCGGAGCUGGUGGAAGCCUGCAGGAUUUGAGCAGCCGAUCUGGUUUACCGGCUCCAGCCUUUAGCCGAAAACAGCCGGUUUAUCGAUCAGUUCGAGUUCGGAACUCUACUGGAGCCACGCCCACGCCGGUGGCGCCGCCCCGAUCCCGUCAAGCUACCCAAUUGCCCAUGGUGCGUGAUGUCACGAAUACGUGGAGUGGACGAACCACGGGGGCACCAAAACGAAGACCACCCUGCACCGCAGAUACCUUUGUGGCCCCCACAAAUGGUACAGGAGCAACUGGUUCCUUCGAGCGCAAUGGCAAAGGACGCUCAUCGCAAAUUCUCUACGACAGCAAUGGGCGCCGUGUGAGGAGUGGAGCACCGGGAUGCACCAGUUCGCUAACCACGUCGCCCGUGAAGAACCACGCUUCGUCGCCGUUGGCCCAACAACUCCUGGAGGCUGCCAGUAGCGCGAAGAACGAUGCCCAGAUUCUGGAGAAGAUGAAGUCACUACUGUCACGCUAUGCGGCUGGUAACCAAACAAAGGCAGGUGGUGCAUCAUCGACAACAGCAGCGAAUAAGAUCAACAGUAAUGGCAAAAAGACACCGGUCUACGAGGACUUCACCACGGCCUGGGUGCACAGCAAUGGUAAUCUGGAGCGUUCGGAGAGCUGUUCUCCUCCAGCCAAGGCGCGAUCCAAGCGAAGUUCCGCCGCCAGUUCCUGCGAAAGCAACCAUUCAAAUGCGGGAGUUGGAUCCGGAGCGGCUGCUGGAUCAGCCAGCGUGGUAUCGCCCAGGCGAGAGAGGGGCAUGUCCAAGAUUCCGGCGCCAGUACGUCAUCAUACAGAGCUUUACUAACAGCGCCGGCGGACGCCAAGCGUCCAGGUCCGUUUCCAAGCCAAGUCGAGGGUUUUCUGAAAAGCCUCCAAGUGAGCAGAGGAGCAUGAAGAUCGAAAAGUAAUGUGAAGUCAUAUGACUUCGGUUAUGUGGGUAGUGAAUAGUUAAGAUAGGUUUAGAGCCAAGCUGGAAUUGUCUGCUGCUACUGCUGCUGCUGCUACGGCGUGUGUGUGUGCGUGGAGAGCAGAGAAAAGGUAAAGAAUCAGAAGGGAGAAUCCCAAUGAAAAAGAAGGUGGAGAUCAGCCAUUGAACGAUUUAAACCAAAAAAUAUGAAGGCAAAAUCCUGAAACUGGAGAAUUUUAAUGAAAACAUUGUCUCAAAAGGCAAAGAAUGGGAGGUCACCCCACUCCAAUCCAAAUGAAAUCCAGGGGAAAGCCAUAGCUAUAGGAUAUAUACCCAAAUCAGAAUCAGGAUCGUUAAAUGUCGAGUAAUGAAGAAAGCAAAACUGAAACUGCCUCAAGGACAGACAGGGCAGAAUCCCUAGCAGCCAGAGACUCCUAAGCAUAUCCCCCGUAUAAACAGUUCUCUAUCUGCGAGUAUUGAACCCCUGUAAUCGUCAAUAUAUAAGCUCUCAAUUCUCUUUCCCUAUAACCACUCAAUAUACUACGUUAAUACAGAUUUUCCAGUUUCCAGUUUUCCAACAUCUUUAUAUGCAUUUCGAAAUAAGUCAGUUAUUAUUUUUUGCGGCGUUGUAGGGUAAAAGCGUUUUCUUAACCAAAUAUAAGCAUUUGAUUUGUAUUUAGAGCUAGCGUCGAGCUAGGAUACCCCCAAUAAGCUUCGAUCUGCGCUGAUCUAGGGUAAUGAUGAUAAAACCAUAUAUACAAUCCAAAUUUAAGACUCGAGUAAAAAUUUUAAAUCAAUUUUUUGUCUAGGCCUAGAACAGGAAUUUUAAAUCUACACCAAAACCAAAAGCAUUACAAUAUUGAAUAUAUCUAUUUAAAAGCAUAAAAGAACACACACACGAUCGCAAACACAUAGAGGACGCAUACCUAGUUUUCUAGAAAUUUUUAAAGUAAAGCCAACAAAAUUCUUCAGAUUCGAUUUGUAGCGAAGCAGAAUACAUUUAUUUUUGUACGCUUGAACAGAGGAACCGAUCGUGGAAGGAAGGGAUCGUGGGAUCUGGAAAGAUGAAUAGCUUUUAGACAACUCGACUUUUACAGUAUAGCUCUAUAUAUAUAUACUAUAUAUACAAGGAAAGAAGAAGAGAAGAGAUCGGUUAGGGAUAUAGCAAGCAUAGCUAGGAAAUGAAGCGACCGCCCCCGCAUUAUAAGAAAACAACUUCAAUAAGUGGGUGCUCCUUAGUCUGGGAACUCCAAAAUCAGGCUCUUCAAACCCACAAAACUGCACCAGCAAAAAAAACACAUAUGCACACACACCAUUCAAGGGAUACAGUGCGUUUCGGGGGUGUAGUGAAAUUAAAGGAAAUAAAAGGAUGGUUAGUUCGAAUUUAAAUACACGAUAAAUUAAUUCAAUUAUAGUGGAAGCAAUUUCGAGUACAGCUCUAAAACGCACUGUAUUCAUCGAGCAUUCAAAAUAUACAAAAAACACAAAACAAGAAAAACGGUCACAAAAAAAUAAAAAUAACUGAGAAACCAUAGCUUUUGAGAGGACAAAAGAAAUCGUUAUAUAGUUAAUGGCACCGUUGAGCGAACGAACGAACCAUAGCAUAAUUUUCAGAAACCUUAAAUAUCUACAACUAUUGAACAUUUAUUGUAUGAUUUCAUUUUUUUUUUGUUCUUUAGAUUUAGCAAUGUUAACAUAUAGUUUAGUACAUCGUACCUAUGCAUAUAAAUAUAUAUAUAGAUUGUAAAUUGUGUUUGUCCAAUUGCCCACAUGUUGUAUAGUUCUUAUGUACUCGUAAAAUCGGUCUUAAUGUUCAGUCUGUCGAUAUCUUGUAUCAGUUACAUUUUGUAUUUGUAUUCUUUUCAUAUAAUUUGUAUUUCAAUUUGAAUUUAAGUUGCGUUUUUCAGCUUUUUAUUGUACACCAAAUGAUACCAAUUUAUGUAUAUGAUAACUCGAAGCGGCAAGAAAGAUCGCAACCAAAAUAAUUAAUGAUUAAUUGUUUAACAA